GUGAAACUCAGUUCGCAAUAAAUUCUCCGGGUGGUAGAACGUAACUUUCCUCGCAAUGGCUGUCCUAGAAAUUGGUUUGGCUCUCCUGGCCAUCGGUUUUCUGAUCUACAAAUGGAGUACGGCUACCUUUAAAACCUUUGAGGAGCGGAAAUUGCAUUUCGAAAAACCGUAUCCAUUCGUCGGAAAUAUGGGUGCAUCUUUCUUCCAGAGAGCCUGCUUUCAGAAGCAGCUAUCCGAGUUCUACGAUCGCACUCGUCAACACAAACUUGUGGGCUUUUUUAAUCUACGCACCCCCAUGAUCACGCUGAAUGAUCCGGAGCUGAUCAAAAAGAUCUGCGUAAAGGACUUCGACCACUUUCCCAACCACCAGCUCUUCAUAACCUCCAACGAGCGCCUUAUAAACGACAUGCUCAGCGUGAUGAGAGACCAGCGAUGGAAGCACAUGAGAAACACCUUGACCCCGGUCUUCACGGCGGCCAAGAUGCGUAAUAUGUUCACCCUGAUGAACGAGAGUUUCGCGGAGUGUCUGCAGCACCUGGACACCUCGGAAACUCUUCCCGGAAAGAAGGGUUUUGAAGUGGACAUGAAGGUUCUGUGCAACAAGCUCUCCAACGACAUUAUCGCCACUACAGCGUUUGGACUGAAAGUAAACUCGUAUAAGAACCCGGAUAAUGAGUUCUACGACAUCGGGCAGUCACUGGUUUUUUCCCGCGGAAUGCAGUUCUUUAAGUUCAUGCUGGCCUCAAUGGUGCCUAAGAUUUUUAACUUCUUUAGACUGACAAUCUUUGAAGCCGGCAAAGUGGAGUACUUUGUUCGCCUGGUUGUGGAUGCCAUUAGGUACCGGGAGAAGCACAAUAUCUCGCGUCCCGACAUGAUCCAGCUGCUGAUGGAGGCCAAGAGGGAGUCGGAGGAUAACUGGACUGACGAUGAGAUUGUGGCCCAGUGCUUCAUUUUCUUUUUCGCCGCCUUCGAAAACAACUCCAACUUAAUCUGCACCACCACCUAUGAGCUGCUCCAUAAUCCCGAAGUCCAAGAGCGUUUGUACGAGGAGGUGAAGGAGACCCAGGAGGCUCUGAAGGGAGGUUCCCUAACUUACGAUACUGUGCAAAAGAUGACCUACAUGGACAUGGUUAUUUCCGAAUCCCUCCGAAAGUGGACUUUGGCCGCCGCCACCGAUCGUCUUUGCUCCAAGGAUUACACCCUUACGGAUGAAGAUGGCACCAAACUCUUCGACUUCAAAGUGGGCGACCGCGUCAACAUCCCCAUCUCUGGGCUGCACUUGGAUGACCAAUACUUCCCGGAACCCAGAAAGUUUGACCCGGAUCGGUUUAGCGAAGAACGUAAGGGAGAAUUGGUGCCCUACACCUACUUGCCUUUUGGCGUAGGACCUCGAAACUGCAUAGGAAACCGAUAUGCUUUAAUGCAGGUCAAGGGCAUGCUAUAUAACCUCCUGCUAAACUACAAGAUUGAGGCUUCCCCCAGGACCACCAAGGAUCUGUGGGGAUCUGCACGAGGCUUUAACUUUACCCCCCGGACUGGCUUCUGGAUGCACUUGGUUCCGCGAAAGUAAAAUGAUGUGGAUACCAAACAGACUACUCAGCUAUUUUAAAAUAAAAUGCACAUAAAUACAUAACAUUUAACAUUUAAUGGACACUUGUUAAUAUUGCACAAUAAAAGUUGUACCGAUUUAA